CUAUAGAGAUCAGCAGAGUGAGAAGGGAACACUGUAGUGCAUUGAGAAACAGAGAGAAGCAGCAAUGCUGUGCCAGGAAAACACUAUUCACUAUUGUAGUUGGACAUUUGUAGUUGGUGGAGUGCUUUACCUCCUGCGGCAAAUUACCACACACACACCAUAUGGACGUUAUGUGGACACAAAGGUCACCGGGAUGAUGGUCCCAGCCAAGGCAGGAUGGUUUAUUCAAGAACUUCCAUCAUUCCUCGUUCCUGUGCUGUUGUUUUUGACGACAGAAAGCUUGCCGGGGAUAGGAAGACAUUUACUGCUCUGGACCUUUUGCUUGCACUACUUUCAGAGGACUUUUCUAUACUCCAUGCUGACUAAAGGCAGGCCGUGUCCUCUGCACAUUGUGGUGUACGCGGUGAGCUUCUGCUCCGUGAACGGAUUUCUGCAGGGUCACUACAUGCUCCACUGCUCUCAGUACCACAGCGAAUGGCACAAAGACACACGCCUCAUCACUGGUUUGUUGAUGUUUUUCACUGGAAUGGCCAUCAACAUCCACAGCGACUAUAUUUUACGAAACCUGAGGAAACCAGGAGAGGUCAGCUAUAAAAUCCCUAGAGGAGGAAUGUUUGAGCUGGUCUCUUGCGCUAACUUCUUUGGGGAGAUUGUUGAAUGGUGUGGAUAUGCUGUGGCCAGCUGGUCUUUUCCUGCAUUCUCCUUUGCUCUAUUCACUUUCUGCUCCAUUGGGCCUCGAGCCUACCACCAUCACAGGUAUUACUUGGAGAAAUUUAAAGAUUACCCCAAAUCAAGAAAGGCUGUGAUCCCUUUCCUGCUAUAAUAAAGUAUGACAUUUGGAAAAACGCAACAUUUCCAGACACGGAAACAAGAUUAAAUACUGCAUACUUUAAGAAACCUCAAGUGCUGAUCUUACUACAAGUUCUACUCACAACCACAUCCCAGACAAGGAAACAUGUGUUUUUUUUUUUUUUUUAAAUACAUCAUUUAAAACAUGUUUACAUCUGUACAUAGUGGAGAAUGGUCAUUUACAUACAUACUAUAUUCCCAUUUUCACAGACUUGUCAUAAAAGACUUCAUCAGUCAUCAAUAAUUAUAACCAGUCAAGUGAAAAAAAAAAAAAAAAACCAUGCAAUGCUGCUGUUCAAAGUUCACUCUGGAGCCGACUUGCUUUUGAGCUGCCGUUCAGUCUGCACUGAGCUCUUCAUUGCCUUCUGCAGGAGCCACGUGCCUAAAUGAAUACUAGCAAAUGCACAUCCGGCAACCCAGAACCAGUUCUUCCUCAGCCAGCUCUGGUUCCUCAUCUUCUUUGUCCUCACAGUACACUAACGUCUUCAGAAGAGGACAACCUGCAAAAUGCAAGUUAGGACACAUCAGUGGCUGACAGAAGUGUUGCGAUCUUUAGUUAUUUGCAUAUUGUUAACUUCACAAACAGCUGCUGUUGUUUUAAUGAAAAUGAAUGACUUCUGGUCACUCUUAGGAGAACGAUACUUAUAAAGGGCUGUCAAGAAGCAUUUCAUAGACUAGAUAAGCUAAUCUAAAUACACCCCUAAACCAAACAUGCUAAACAAGACUCAUGAGUUGAACAUCUGUACAAACUAGGAUGUGUUUGGCUAUUUUUAUUAUAACCUGAGAAAAGAAAUAACCCACUAUAUUUGCAAAUAAAGGCCCUAACCAUG